CUGCCUGAUUUUCUCCAUCAGCAUCUGCUCUGCAAGAAUCUAGCCGUUUCGCUGAUUAAGCUGCUUAAUUGUAUUUCAAGAAGGGGGCUGUUUGAGCAGAAACAAGAGAGUCGUAGUGCCUUGUUUGGAAGUGCAAAAUUAGAUUGAAUGGAAAGUGGAUUGAUGAAGAAGAAAGAGAAGGAUCUGUUUCAUGUGAUUCACAAAGUUCCUUCUGGUGAUGGGCCUUAUGUCCGAGCCAAACAUGCCCAGCUUGUUCAGAAGGAUCCAGAGACAGCAAUAGUAUGGUUCUGGAAAGCUAUAAACGCAGGAGAUAGAGUCGACAGCGCCCUCAAAGACAUGGCCGUGGUUAUGAAGCAACUCGACAGAGCCGAAGAAGCCAUUGAAGCGAUCAAGUCGUUUCGAGGACUUUGCCCCAGAACCUCCCAAGAAUCACUUGAUAACGUUCUCAUCGACUUGUACAAGAAAUGUGGAAAAGUUGAGGAACAAAUAGUGCUGCUAAAGCACAAGCUCAAACAGAUAUAUUUAGGCGAGGCUUUCAACGGGAAGCCCACGAAAACUGCGCGUUCUCAUGGAAAGAAGUUUCAGGUUUCGAUCAAACAGGAAACGUCAAGAAUACUCGGAAACCUGGCGUGGGCUUAUAUGCAGAAAUCCAAUUUCAUGGCAGCAGAAGUCGUGUACCGUAAAGCUCAGAUGAUCGACCAGGAUGCCAACAAGGCCCUGAACCUGUGCCAUUGCCUAAUCAAACAGGCCCGAUACGACGAGGCCAGUAUGGUUCUUGACGAUGUGUUGCAACACAAGCUUCCGGGUUCUGAUGACUACAAAUCAAGAAACCGGGCCGAGGAAUUGUCGUUGGAACUGGAAGCCAAGCGGCCCGGCAACAGCACGUUGCUGACGGAUCUUCCAGGCCUGAGCUUUGAAGACGAUUUCGUGGAAGCCCUGGAACGUGUGAUGAAUGAGUGGGCACCUACUAGAUCAAGAAGGCUACCAAUUUUUGAAGAAAUCUCUCAGUUUAGAGAUCAGUUGGCCUGUUGAUCAUUUCAUUCGUUUUUACAUGUGUGCAAUUAGAUUCUAUAUAGUGUUUUGGAGAGGAAAUUUCAUACAGAUGAGAUGUACUUGAAAAUGGCAGCAGCAUGAGUGUAUAUUUGUAUACGAUGAGUUGGGAUGUUAGGCAGCGUUUUGUUUUCAUUUUUAUGUAGAUUCUUGUGUGUGAUUUUUAAAUUAUUGAUAGUGUCAAAAUAAAUGUAUUUUUUUUUAAUUUAGAUCUAAAAUAAAU